AGGCCCAACCACCUCAUCUAUUCAGCCAUGCUAUUUUAACUUUGAGCCCAUGUGUGGAUCCAGGCCUAUUAAGACAGAAGAGAGAGGGGGAGGGAGAGAGGACUCAGCCUAGAGAGAGAGAAAAAGAAAAAAAUGGCAAGCUCAGUUGAGGGGAAGGGCAAUGAGGGUGCUAAUAUUGAGCCAAAGACGGGGGUUUCAUUCCCAAUCAAACUCGGUGUUGAUGGACAUGGGACGCCACUCGACCUCAAUGGAGUCGGCCUUCGGAAGAAGAGCAUCAUGGGCUUUGGUCUCAAGAUCUACAGCUUUGGGAUCUAUGCGGACAACAAUAAACUGAGGGAGCAGGUGAGGUCAAAGUUUGGAGAGGGGGUGAAUGAAGUCACCAAGGAAAUUUUCGAGCUUGUGAUUGAUAGUGACGCACCGAUGAUGGUGAGGUUGGUCAUGGUAUUUGGUGGCCUCACCAUGAGCUUGGUUCGAAAGAGUUUAGACGAAGGCAUCGGCGCCUCUAUUAAAAAACUCACAGGUCAAAAACACGAGGAGCUCCUAAACAAGUUAAUGGGAGAAGUCCAGGGUGGCCUUAAACUCCCGACUGGUUCAAUAAUUGAGAUUUCCAGGCUUCCAGGUUUUGUCCUGCAAACUAAAGUGAAGGGUGAGGUGGUUGGCAAGACUGAGAGCGAGCUCUUAUGCAGAGCCUAUUUCAACAUGUACCUGGGAGAGGACCCCUUUGAUCAGGAUGCUAAAGAAAGCUUCGGGAAGUUUCUAAUUUCAUCUUUCUAGGUAAUUCUGCUAUAACAAUAAAUGGGCUGAAAAAAUCAACAGCUUCCACAUUGCAAAAAUUGUAUCAGAUAUGGGUGGUUCUUAGUAAUGCACUUGCAAGCCAGAGAGAGCAAAUAGAAAAUUGAACAACAUCCACUAGAAAAACAAACCAUCAAGCUCUAUUAUAUACCCCUGUAGCAUAUAUAUACAUAUGCAUUGGAAAUUCUUCUG